AUGCGCCAAAAAUUUGCUGCCGCUCUUGAUGGCCAAGGAGCACUUUCUUGGAAUCAAAAUGACUGCCACAAAAACAAAAAUUGCAAACCUCCUCCCGUUAAUCUGCGGUUUGAAUUCCUCACAAAUUCCAAAGUUCAGGACAUAACUUCACUUAACAGCAAAUUUUUCCACAUCCAUGUUUUCCGGUGCAACCAUACUACAUUUCAACAGCUUACCAUUACAGCACCUGACGAGAGCAGAAACACAGAUGGAAUCCAUAUCGGGGCUUCGACUAGUAUCAACAUUACUCAUUCAAAGAUUGGAACUGGGGAUGACUGUAUUUCUAUUGGUGAUGACUCCCACGAAAUCACAGUGACUGAUGUUACUUGUGGGCCAGGCCAUGGAAUAAGCAUUGGAAGCCUUGGAAAAUAUAAGGAAGAAAAGGAUGUGACCGGGAUCAUAGUUAAGAACUGCACCCUGACUAAUAUGGAGAACGGUGUGACAAUCAAAACAUUUCCAGAUUCUCCUUCGCCUAGCUCUGCCUCGGGUAUACACUAUGAGGAUAUUAUCAUGGUUAAUGUCAGUAACCCUAUCCUCAUAGACCAAUUGUACUGCCCAUAUACUCAGUGUGAACAAAAGCCUCCGUCAAAAGUUAAGAUCAACAAUGUCAGCUUCAAGAACAUUAAGGGCUCAUCUUUCACUCCACUUGCAGUCAAGCUUAUAUGUACCACUGGCAAACCGUGUGAGAAUGUGGAGUUGACUGACAUUGAUCUCACCUACGGUGGAGACAAAGGCCCUCUUACCUCUGUGUGUUCUAAUGUCAAGCCCACAAUUACUGGCGUGACAAAGGCUCUUGGUUGUGCUACAUCGUCCUUGGCACCUUUUCCUUGA